AUCAUUAAUGCUUCUUAUGAACAAAGCAACUUGUUGUUCAUUAAUGUGUAUUUGUGGUUAAUCUGAAGGUUUUAUGCUGUGAUCUGAGGAAGAAGAGGAAAAGAUGAAGAUUAUUAUCCUGGCUUUUUCUAUUUGGUCAUGCCAGGCUGUGAGGGGUCAAACAUCAUGUACUGCACCAUUUGUGCCAAAUGGUAAACCUGAAAAUGACCUAGCAGAAUCCUAUCCCACUGGAAGCUUUAUUAGAUAUGUAUGUGACAGCGGCUAUGAGUUUGUAGAAACACAUUAUGCACUGUGUGAAGAUGGAACUUGGAAUCUGCCAGUUUGUAAACUUCUAACAUCAUGUACUGUGCCAUUUGUGCAAAAUGCUGAGCUCGCAGAUGAGUUUACAGCAGCACUCUAUCCUACUGGAAGCUUUGUAAGAUUCAUAUGUGACAGAGGCUAUGAGUAUGAAGGAACAAAACAUGCAUGGUGUGUAGAUGGAACUUGGACGCUACCAGUGUGUAAAUUUGUAACUCAAACAACAUGUGCUGCCCCACGUGUGCCAAACGCCCAACCUGCAGAUGUAUUAGCAAAAUCCUAUUCUACUGGAGACAUUGUUAGAUUUGUAUGUGACAGUGGCUACGAGUUUGAAGGAACAGAUUCUGCACAGUGUGAAGAUGGAGUUUGGAGGCUGCCAGUGUGUAAAGGUCUUGCCCCAAGUGUGCCAAAUGCCCAGCCUGCAAAAGAAUUAAAAACAUUCUAUAGUCCUGGAGAAACUCUUAGAUUUGUAUGUGACAUUGGCUAUAAGUUUGAAGGAAUGCGUUAUGCACUUUGUGACGAUGGAACUUGGAGGUUGCCAGUGUGUAAAGUUCUAGAUAAACCAACGUGUCCUAAACCAUGGGUGCAAAAUGCUUAUCCUGCAGCUGCAUUAAAAAACUCCUAUAAUAAUGGAGACACUGUAAGAUUUGUAUGUAACAGAGGCUAUAGGUUUGAAGGAACAGAUUCUGCAGAGUGUGUAGAUGGAACCUGGAGGCUGCCAGUGUGUAAAGAUCCAACAUCAUGUACUACCCCACAUGUGCCAAAUGCCCGACCUGCAGAAACGUUAGCAGAGGUCUAUUCUAAUGGAAGAUAUGUGAGAUUUGAAUGUAACCGCGGCUAUGAGUUUGAAAGAAGAGACCCAUAUGCACGGUGUGUAAAUGGAACUUGGAGGCUGCCAGUGUGUCAACUAAAGUGUAGUGUCCCACAUGUGCCAAACGCCCGACCUCUAGAAGGGUUAGACGCUUCCUAUAGUACUGGAAGGUUUGUUACAUUUGAAUGUAACCCCGGCUAUGAGUUUGCAGGAUUACCUUAUGCACAGUGUGUAGAUGGAACUUGGAGGCUGCCAGUGUGUAAACCUCGAGGUGAAACAGUGUGUACUGCUCCACAUGUGCCAAACGCCAAACCUGCUGAUGAGUUAGCAUCGUUCUAUGCUACUGGACGCACUGUUAGAUUUGAAUGUGACAGCGGCUAUGAGUUUGAAGGAAUAUCUUAUGCACAGUGUGUACAUGGAACUUGGAGGCUGCCAGUCUGUAAAGAUUCCCAUAGACAUCAUGACAGCUCUGAGGACCAUGGUGGAUCUCUAGGUCCUGAUACUGCGGUACUGUUGCCUGGUCGCUUCUUCGACUGGUGAUCUGUAUCAACGGCUAAAUCAGAAAAACCGACAUUUGCAGAGCUCCUGCUAUUGAUCAGAAAUCUUCCUUCUCGGAGUAAAUGUUUUUUAAGCAAAAAAAAUCUGCUAAGAAGAAAAAGCCAUUCAGCCUCACUGUGUGUUGGAGGUUUAACUCGUUUAAUUCCUGACUUAUUAUUCAGCUGUUAGUGUUUAGUAACUACAGUGGAACUAUAAAGAAGGAUUUACAUUUUUGAGAGUGAGGAAUGUAAAUCUGGAGCACCUAAGAUAAAAAAAUUUUAAAAAAUAAAUAAAUAAAUCUAUCCUGUGUGAAGAUGAACUGAAGAUGGUGGAUUAUUACAUAAACAAAGAAAAACAGAUCUGAACCAUUAAAAUUUAUGAUAAA